GCGGUGGGGGCCGGGGCUUCCGGAACCGGAGUGGUCGAGAGGAGGGGCCGAGCAGCCGGAGCGGCGCCAUGGAGGAGGGGGCGCAGCGGCAGCCUGGGGCAGGCCAUCGGCCCCUGGAGGAUGAGAAAGAGAUGAUCCGCCGGGCCAUCCAGAAGGAACUGAAGAUCAAGGAGGGUGUGGAAAACCUGCGGCGGGUGGCCACAGACCGCCGCCACCUGGGUCACGUGCAGCAGCUGCUGCGGUCCUCCAACCGCCGCCUGGAGCAGCUGCAUGGGGAGCUGCGGGAGCUUCACGCCCGAAUCCUGCUGCCCGGGCCUGGGCUGGGCCCGGCUGAGCCUGCGGCCUCAGGACCUCGGCCACUGGCCGAGCAGGCAAGGGCCCGGCACCUGGAAGCUCUACAGAGGCAGCUGCAGGUGGAGCUGAAGGUCAAGCAGGGGGCUGAGAACAUGACCCACACCUAUGCCAGCGGCACUCCCAAGGAGAGGAAGCUGCUGGCGGCCGCCCAGCAGAUGCUCCAGGACAGCCAGCUGAAGGUGGCCCUGCUGCGAAUGAAGAUCAGUAGCCUGGAGGCCAGCGGGUCACCCGAGCCAGGUCCUGAGCUGAUGGUAGAGGAGCUACGGCACCGUCUACGCAUCGAGGCUGCUGUGGCCGAGGGCGCCAAGAACGUGGUGAAACUGCUCGGUAGCCGGCGAACGCAGGACCGCAAGGUGCUGGCCGAGGCUCAGGCCCAGCUCCAGGAGUCCUGCCAGAAACUGGACCUUCUGCGGCUGGCCUUGGAGCAGCUGCUGGAGAGACUGCCUCCUGCCCACCCUCUGCGCGGCAGAGUGGCCCGGGAGCUGAGGACUGCUGCGUCUGGGAACCCACAGGCUUCAGGGACACUCGUGAAGCCCACCGCCAUGACAGGGACGCUGCAGGUCCGCCUCCUGGGCUGUGAGCAGCUGCUGAUAGCGGUGCCUGGACGUUCCCCCGCGGCCGCGCUGGCUGGGAGCCCCUCCCAAGGCUGGCUUCGGAGCAGAGCCAAGCAGCAGCGUGGUGGAGGCGAGCUAGCUAGUGAGGUGCUCGCUGUGCUGAAGGUGGACAAUCGCGUUGUGGGCCAGACGGGCUGGGGGCCUGUGGCCAAGCAGUCCUGGGACCAGACCUUUGUUAUCGCCCUGGAGCGGGCCCGGGAGCUGGAGAUUGGGGUCCACUGGCGGGACUGGAGGCAGCUGUGCGGUGUGGCCUUCCUGAGGCUGGAGGACUUCCUGGACAAUGCCUGUCACCAGCUGUCCCUCAGCCUGGUACCACAGGGACUGCUCUUCGCCCAGGUGACCUUCUGUGACCCCGUCAUUGAGAGGAGGCCCCGACUGCAGAGGCAGAAACGCAUUUUCUCAAAACGCAGAGGUCAGGACUUCCUGAGGGCUUCCCAGAUGAACCUCAGCAUGGCGGCCUGGGGGCGCCUGGUCAUGAGCCUGCUGCCCCCCUGCAGCUCCCCAAGCACCAUCAGCCCUCCGAAAACAUGCUCCCAGACCCCAGCCACACCCCAGCGGGCCACCGAUCCCGACUCGCCCAGUAACUUCCCACCCAAGAAGACGCCCUUGCGAGAAGAGAUCCAACCCCCACCCAAGCCCCCUCGCCUCUACCUGGCCCAGGAGCCAACCCCCGAAGAGAUGCCGCGCACCAAACGCCCCCACAUGGAGCCCAGGAUUCGACACAAGCCGCCUCUGCCAGCCCCGGCUACCAGGAAACCCCCCCGGCUUCAGGACUUCCGCUGCUUGGCCGUGCUGGGCCGGGGCCACUUUGGGAAGGUCCUCUUGGUCCAGUUCAAGGGGACGGGGCAAUACUAUGCCAUCAAAGCACUGAAGAAGCAGGAGGUGCUGAGCCGGGACGAGAUUGAGAGCCUGUACUGUGAGAAGCGAAUCCUCGAGGCCGUGGGCUGCACAGGGCAUCCGUUCCUGCUUCCCCUCCUCGCCUGCUUCCAGACCUCCAGCCACGCCUGCUUCGUGACCGAGUUUGCACCCGGCGGUGACCUCAUGAUGCAGAUCCAUGAGGACGUCUUCCCUGAGCCCCAGGCCCGGUUCUAUCUGGCCUGUGUGGUGCUGGGGCUGCAGUUCUUACACGAGCAGAAGAUCAUUUACAGAGACCUUAAGUUGGAUAAUCUUCUCCUGGACGCCCAGGGUUUCCUGAAGAUUGCGGACUUUGGGCUUUGUAAGGAAGGGAUUGGCUUCGGGGACCGGACAAGCACCUUCUGCGGCACCCCAGAGUUCCUGGCCCCCGAGGUGCUGACUCAGGAGGCCUACACGCGGGCUGUGGACUGGUGGGGGCUGGGCGUGCUGCUCUAUGAGAUGCUGGUGGGCGAGUGCCCGUUUCCAGGGGACACCGAGGAGGAGGUGUUUGACUGCAUCGUCAAUGCAGAAGCCCCAUACCCCCGCUUUCUGUCGGUGCAAGGCCUCGAGCUUAUUCAGAAGCUCCUCCAGAAGUGCCCCGAGAAGCGCCUGGGGGCGGGUGAGCGAGAUGCUGAGGAAAUCAAGACCCAGCCUUUCUUCAGGACCACCGACUGGCAGGCUCUGCUCGCCCGCGCCGUCCAGCCUCCUUUUGUGCCCACCCUCUGCGGCCCCACAGACCUGCGCUACUUCGAGGGGGAGUUCACGGGGCUGCCGCCUGCCCUGACCCCACCCGACCCCCGCAGCCCCCUCACCGCCCGCCAGCAGGCUGCCUUCCGGGACUUCGACUUCGUGUCUGAGAGAUUCCUGGAGCCCUGAGGCCUCCCGGCCUCUCCACCCCCUGCCCACUCCCCCACCCUGGACGGUUUGAGCCUCUGCUUUGCCCACUUGGGCACCCUGGGAUUGAUGGGCCCUUGGGGCUCAAGGUGGUGGACAUGGGCUGCUGUUGUGGGCACUGCUCAGUCACCGGGCGAGUGCUGCCCGCCCCCUUCUCCCAACCUCCUCUCCCCUGCCCGCUGUGAGACCUAGACCAGAAAGCAUGGCGCAGUGAGGAAUGGUUUUUUUUUUUUUAAUACUUGACUUGCUUUAUGGUUCAUUAAAUUUAUAAA